UUUUAUACUCUUUUGUUUUCACGCUAAUUUUCCAAUAGCAAUCGGCUUACAAGUAGUUGAAUUGUUCAACACUUUUAUGGCCGGCGAGUGGAGCGUUGACCCCCAGAGUGAAAUGCAAAAGUUCGCGCUAAGAACCAUGAAUUAAUUUGGCGAGCAAACAAUCCGAACAAUACAAACAGAAAAUAUAAUUAAAAGCCGCAAGAGGCAAGGGGAAUAAAAGGGAAUUUUGUAGUGCCGACGCGGAAAACAAAGGCUGUCAAAUCUAUAAAUAAGACUGGGGUGGUAGUUAUGCAAAUUGAUUGCAAAAAUCCACCUCAGCCGCAUUUCAGUGGUUUUGCCCUUUUACGGCGCGAAAAGGUCAACCGCUGAAGACAAUCGCACGGAGAGUCUUGAAAAAAAGUGAGAUUAAAUUAUUUGAAAUACACUUUCUUGACCUCUUCCAUCGACCGACUGGGCUGACUGUCCAUAUGCGUGACAUAACACCGUAAUUCAUAUUAGACGCCACUUUCGUGCUAUCCCAUUGCAUUUUAAUGCAUACUUAAUGCAACACGCGAUCUUCCGCCGAGUACCGCCGGGGAGAAUAGAAAAGCUGGGGAAUCAAAGUCACCAACGUCCGUAUACUAAGUACAUACGAUGUCCCUCAGUGCAUUUGAGUCAGAAGCAACUCCGCUCGAGUUCCUGCCGGGCGGUUUUUUGGCCGAAAACCUUCAGUCGUUUGGCGGCUCUUAACGUCCUUACAUCGUGCUCUUGUGCCGGCUCCCCUUUUCGGUCUAAUAAAAGUGAAUAAAUAUAAUAAAACCAUCAGGGCUCUGAUUUACCCAACUUCUGAAAAGAGACCAUUAAUGAAUAGGAGUUCAAAGGAAACUCCCGAGUGUAUUCGAAGGAACUCAUAAUUGCAAUGAAAAUGUUUGAUAUUUCAAAGUUUUUUUCUCUACGAAGACCACAAGGUAGUAGUAAAAUGGACCGCUACGAGAAACUCAGUCGGCUGGGCGAGGGCUCCUAUGGCGUUGUCUACAAGUGCCGGGAUCGGGAGACGGGCGCAUUGGUGGCGGUCAAGAGGUUUGUGGAGUCCGAGGAUGAUCCGGCCAUCCGGAAAAUUGCACUGAGAGAGAUAAGGCUACUGAAGAAUCUCAAGCAUCCGAACCUGGUUUCCCUCCUGGAAGUGUUCCGGCGGAAGCGUCGCCUGCACCUGGUGUUCGAGUUCUGUGAGCUGACCGUGCUCCAUGAGCUGGAACGCCACCCACAGGGCUGCCCGGAACAUCUGACGAAACAAAUCUGCUACCAGACGCUCCUAGGGGUGGCCUACUGCCACAAGCAGGGCUGCCUGCACCGGGACAUCAAGCCGGAGAACAUCCUGCUAACGGCCCAGGGUCAGGUGAAGCUAUGCGAUUUCGGGUUCGCCCGCAUGCUGAGUCCGGGGGAGAAUUACACAGACUACGUGGCCACCAGAUGGUACCGGGCUCCGGAGCUACUCGUGGGCGACACCCAGUACGGCACCCCCGUGGACGUGUGGGCCAUCGGCUGCCUGUUCGCCGAGCUGGUGAGGGGCGAGGCCCUCUGGCCCGGCCGGAGCGAUGUUGACCAACUGUACCUUAUCCGCAAGACCCUGGGGGACCUGCUGCCGCGACACAUUCAGAUUUUCGGACAGAACGAGUAUUUCAAGGGCAUCACCCUGCCGGUACCGCCCAACCUGGAGCCGCUGGAGGACAAGAUGCCGCCCAAAUCGCUGCAGAACCCGCUGACCAUCGACUUCCUGAAGAAGUGCCUCGACAAGGAUCCGGCCAAGCGAUGGUCCUGCGACAAGCUGAUCAAGCACUCGUACUUCGAGGACUACAUCGCCAAGCAGCGAGAGCUGGAGCACGCCAACAGCCUGGAGGCGGCCUCCUUGCGGCAGCAGCAGCUCGCCUCCCAGCAGUUCAUGCUUGCCACGGCGGCCCAGCAGCUGCAAACGGGUCCCGCCCAGGCGGCCGCAGUUGCCGCAUCUCGUGACAAAUCAAAGACUUCAAACACCUCGUUGCCGCUAUUACCAAGCACAACACAUCAUCACCAUCCGCAUCAGGAUUUUAUGAAACUGCAGUCCCUAAACAAGAAUGGAACACUUCUCCAUCGCAGUGAACACCAUCUGCCCACAAUCUGAGUAAAAGUUGCAACUAAAAUUUGUCCUUAUUUUACAGAAUUUAUAUUGUUUACUGCUAAUAAUAAAAGGAUAAGAGUACUUCAAACGUAA